GCCUUCUGCCUUCUGGGGAAAGCGCACCUAGGCUGGGGAAAGCGCAACCAAGACACAGCUGAGAAUGAGGUUGGUUGUCUGUGCCCUCCUAUGCGCGGGGACCCUAGGGCUGUGUCUGGCUGUUCCAGAGAGGACUGUAAGAUGGUGUGUUGCGUCAGAUCGUGAGGCCACCAAGUGCUCCAGUUUCAGUGACAAUAUGAAGAAAGUCCUUCCUGCAGAUGGCCCAUCUGUUAGCUGUGUGAUGAAAACCUCGUACCCCGAGUGCAUCAAGGACAUCUCGGCCAACAAAGCAGAUGCUGUGACCAUUGAUGGAGCUUUGCUGGCUGAGGCUGGCCUGCCCCACCACAAUCUGAAACCUAUCAUGGCAGAAUACUAUGGAUCAAAAGACGAUCUGCAGACCCAUUAUUAUGCUGUGGCCCUGGUGAAGAAGGGUACAGGAUUUCAACUGAACCAGCUCCGGGGCAAGAAGUCCUGUCACGCGGGAAUGGGCUGGUCUGCUGGGUGGUAUAUUCCCCUCGGCAAACUGCUUCCUUCUGGCUCUCUGGAAACAGCAGCAGCGACGUUCUUCUCCAGCAGCUGCGUCCCCUGUGCGGAUGGAAAGACGUUUCCCAGCCUUUGCCAACUGUGUGCAGGGAAGGGGACAGACAAGUGUGCCUGCUCUUCCAGUGAACCAUACUUCGGCUACUCUGGGGCCUUCAAAUGUCUGCAGGAUGGUGCGGGGGAUGUGAGCUUCGUGAGGCACCUGACAGUGUUUGAGGUACUGCCACAGAAAGCAGACAGGGACCAGUACGAGCUGCUCUGCCCCGACAACACCCGCAGGCCAGUGGAGGAAUACGAGCGGUGCCACCUGGCCCGGGUCCCUUCUCAUGUUGUCGUGGCUCGCAGCGUGGACGGCAAAGAGGACUUGAUCCAAGAGCUUCUCAGAGUCGCCCAGGAACAUUUUGGACAUGGCAAGUCAUCUGCUUUCCAGCUCUUUGGCUCCCCUCACGGGAAAGACCUGCUGUUCACUGAUGCUGCUCAUGGAUUUCUAAGGGUUCCUCCAAAGAUGGACAUCAACCUGUACCUGGGAUACGAGCAUUUUUCUGGCAUUAAGAAACUAAAGAGAGGUUUGGAAGACUCCCGGAGGGUGCAGUGGUGUGCAGUGGGCCAACAGGAGAGGACCAAGUGCGACCACUGGAGCGCUGUGAGUGGUGGAGCGCUGGCAUGUGUCACGGAGGAGACUCCUGAGGACUGCAUCGCUGCCAUCACGAAAGGAGAAGCAGACGCCAUGAGCUUGGAUGGAGGAUUUGCCUACGUCGCCGGCCACUGCGGUCUAGUUCCCGUCCUGGGCGAGAACUACAUGUCUACACAUGGUGGUGAGAGGCUGGGGUCUCAGUGUGUGAAUGCACCUUUGGAAGGUUACUAUGUUGUGGCCGUGGUUAAGAAAUCAGACGUUGGCAUCACCUGGAACUCUCUUCGAGGCAAGAAGUCCUGCCACACAGCAGUUGGCACUUCUGCUGGCUGGACCGUCCCCUGGGGUUUAAUAUACAACCAAACGGGGUCCUGCAAAUUUGAUGAGUUCUUCAGUAGCAGCUGUGCCCCAGGGUCUAAGCCAGGCUCCAGUCUCUGUGCUCUGUGUGUUGGUGGUGACAACCCAGCCCACAUGUGUGCUGCCAACAGCCGUGAGGGAUACCAUGGCUCCAGCGGAGCUCUCAGGUGUCUGGUUGAGAAGGGGGACGUGGCCUUCAUGAAGCACCCCACAGUUCUACAGAACACUGAUGGGAAGAACCCUGAGUCUUGGCCUAAGGGCCUGAAACAGGAAGACUUUGAGCUGCUGUGUCUUGAUGGCACCAGGAAGCCUGUGACCGAGGCUCAGAGCUGCCACCUAGCCAUAGUGCCAAACCAUGCUGUGUUCUCCAGGAAAGAUAAGGUCGACUUUGCUCGCAGAAUACUCUUCAACCAACAGGAGCUCUUUGGAAGAAAUGGAUUUGAAAAAAUGAUGUUCCAGAUGUUUGACUCCUCAGCUAAGGACCUGCUGUUCAGUGAUGACACGGAAUGCUUAUCUAACCUUCAGAACAAGACAACGUACGAAACAUACCUAGGACCACAGUACCUUACCCUGAUGGACAACUUUAGACAGUGCCUGUCCUCUGAACUGCUCGAUGCCUGCACGUUCCACAGACAUUAACCCCAUUCAGCUGGGGUCUCACCGGAUCAGGGGUCCUGAUGGUUUUUCUCCAUGUGGAUGCGUGCUGACAUCUUUAUAACUCGAUAUCAUAAUUGGAGCGAAAGGAAUUCAAACGAAUAAAAAUAUCUUCCCA